AUGCAUGUAACUUACUUUGUAACGUUUUUAAGUGUGAUUUGUAUUGUAAAUUCAACACCACCAUCGUUCGUAAAUAGGUGCAAAUAUGGUGAUUCAGAAUGUACUAAAGAGAGCACUGUAGUUGCCAUACCCAUUUUUGCUGCUGGCCUACCCGAGUAUGGUGUUGAAAAGCUAGAUCCGGUUACAUUCAACAAAGUGGAUGCCAGUUCUCCUAAUCUCAAGUUUAUACUGACUGACGUUGAAGUUACAGGACUGAGUGGUUGCAAACCGAAGCAGAUUCAACACGGCUCGAAACUGGAAUUGAAGAUUUUAUGUCAAGCCAAAUUAAAUGGCAACUACGAGCUUAACGGUCAAGUCCUCGUUUUGCCGAUUAAAGGAAAAGGAAAAAUUCACGUCGACUUGA